GUCACAAAUCAAUACAAACGUUUUUUUUUCAACAUUUUCGAUAGUUCCCACGAAAACAUUACCUCCAAGACCAUCAUUCGCAAACAGUUUAAUUAAUUUCCUAGCAUCGCCAUUCUAAAUACCAGUCAAAUCAAUCAGCAAGAACCUAAUCACCGCCUCCCCGUCAUCACCCGCCAGCAACCAUGGCCAACUGUUUCACACACGGCCACCACCUGCCGCGCACCACGAGCCAGUGGGACUCUGCGCUCGUCUGGUACCUGCAGCACAGUGACAAAGACAUCAACCCAGGCCCGCCGCCUCCGCCGCCUCCCACAGUGGAGCGCGAGUGGCGUGAGACCCUGCACCGCAUGCGACGAACCAACUUCAGCUGUCUGUACAGCGCCAUGGACGACGGGCCGUCCUAUAAGGCCGUCACCGACCCGCCCUUCACCGCCAGCACAGAGAAACGGCUGCAGUUCGACGACAAGUUCCAGCACCCGCUGUACGAGCCGACCUCGCUGCGUCACGCCGUCGAACAGCCGGUAACGGGCGUGAUUCCGCGCACGUACGCGCCGCCUUACGUGCCGCUGCCGGGAGCCCCAGCCGAGCAGGUAGCCGAGUAUGAGAAGUAUGAGGCGGCGCGGCGCCGAUGGCAGGGUACCACCUCGGCGCGAGCCGAGACACCCGGACACACUGUGUUCCAUUGACCAAAGGGAGGGGUCCAGGCAGGGGAAGGGAUGAAUUGUCGUUACUUAAAAUGAGAGGUGCCACAAAUAAGUGAUCAGUGUCAUGCACUUUUACGAUAUGCAUGCAUGCAUGAAUCGGUAAUUCCAAGAAAACAGCGAGUCCGAGUAAUAACUGAAGAAGAAGAUGCAUUUGUUCACAAAUGUCCAGGAAAUUGUCAUGUCGAUCACGAAAAAGUGCUGGUAAUUAUAGCCAUUGCAGAUGUAAAUUCUAAAACAGUGUCCACCGAUUAAUAAACCGUCCUUGUCAA